AAAUUAGGCGCUUGUUGCUCUAAGCCGUCCCUGCUCUGAGUCCUCUCUCCUCCUGCCAGCAGCGCGCCUCCGCUCUGCCAACUUCUCCUCGGCUUUACGUAAAGACAGUCAUUUACCACCACCACCACCACCAUGUCCUCUGGAAAUGCUAAGAUUGGCAAGCCUGCCCCAGACUUCAAAUCCACAGCUGUAGUGGAUGGACAGUUCAAGGACAUCAAACUGUCAGACUACAAAGGGAAAUAUGUGGUCUUCUUCUUCUACCCCCUGGACUUCACGUUUGUGUGCCCCACUGAGAUUGUGGCUUUCAGCGACAGGGCAGAGGAGUUCCGCAGUAUUGGCUGUGAGGUUAUUGGCUGCUCCAUCGACUCUCACUUCAGUCACCUGGCCUGGAUCAACACACCAAGGAAGCAGGGAGGUCUGGGUAGCAUGAAAAUCCCCCUCAUAGCAGACCUCACCAAGACAAUCUCCAGAGACUACGGUGUACUGAAGGAGGAUGACGGCAUCGCAUACAGGGGUCUGUUUGUGAUCGACGACAAGGGCAUUUUGAGGCAGAUCACCAUCAAUGACUUGCCUGUUGGUCGCUCUGUGGACGAGACUCUGCGCCUGGUCCAGGCCUUCCAGCACACUGACAAACAUGGCGAGGUGUGUCCUGCUGGCUGGAAACCUGGGAGCGCCACCAUCAUCCCUGACGUCGAGAAGAGCAAAGACUUCUUCUCCAAACAGUAAAUGUGAAGGUCUUCUCGCUGACUUCCUAUCUGUAGCACUUGCCUUCAGAUGAGGGGUGUCCCUGUGAAGCAGUACCUCAUGGCAUCUAAUCUAUUAAACCCAACAAAUUUUCAGUUGUUAGAUAAAAAUCCUUUUGUUGCAAAUCUUAUCUUUGUACGUCUGGUGUACAACUGGUGGGACAACCUCAUAGUCUCAAGCACUGAAAGUUUAGUAUUGUUUCUUCUUUUUUUUUUUCCAAGAAAAGUAUUGAUAUUUUUCCUUGUUGUCAUUAAUAACUCAUGUUGCCAUCAUUAUUAAAGCCGUGGGAAAAUCAUGA